AAAUUAUGAGUCAUUGAAAAGAAAAGAGAGAAGCAAGUGGUUAGAGAGAGAGAGAGAGAGAGAAGGGUGUUAAGGAGAGGGGGAGAUGCUUUCGGCUAAGCUUGCUGAAACUGGCCUCGUCUAUGCUGUAUUGGGCAGUUGGGGAAUACAAAGAUCUUUGAACAUCUCCUUUACUACAUUUUUGCUACACCUACCUCUUUCUCUCUCUCUCUUCACUCGUCCUAGGUUUGAUUUUCUUCUCUGAAUUCCCUACCUCCACGACUACUCCUUUUUCGCAUCUCCAUUAUUUUAUUAUCAAACCACGACAACACACAGACGCUGUUUCUAUUUCUUCUGCAAAUCCGUAACCCAACCCAAGUUAAAUUUAAAAAAAAAAAAAAAAAGGCAAAGCAAAACUGGGAGAAAGAGAGAAAGUUUUGGUCUUUUGAUGUGAGAGUGGGAAUCGGAAAUCUGGGUUGCUACUCUUGGUUAAUGCUAGAAUGUGGGAUCUCAAUGACUCACCCGAUCAGAGGAAGGAUGAAGAAUCCGAAGGGUGUUCUUCCCUCAAAACUUCCAUUGAUGGGGAUGAUGAUAAUAACAAAGGUAAAAGGGUUGGAUCUGUUUCCAAUUCUAGCUCUUCCGCGGUGGUCAUCGAGGAUGGAUCAGAAGAAGAUGAUGAUGAAGAAGAAGAAGGUACCAGACGAAGCAUGAAGAAAAGAAGCAGCAAGAUAUUUGGGUUCUCUGUGACCCAAGAUGAAGAAGAGUACAUGGACAGUGAGCACCCACCUGUUACUAGACAGUUUUUUCCAGUGGAAGAACCUGAUGUGGCCGUUGCAUCGGGUGGAGGAAGCUCUACCUUCCCUCGUGCUCACUGGGUUGGUGUGAAAUUUUGUCAAUCAGAAACACUCGGUGCUGGAAAAUCAGUGGAAGUUUCGCAGCCUAUGAAGAAGAGUAGAAGAGGACCAAGGUCAAGGAGUUCUCAGUAUAGGGGAGUCACCUUUUACAGAAGAACAGGUCGAUGGGAGUCUCAUAUAUGGGAUUGUGGAAAACAAGUGUAUCUGGGUGGAUUUGACACAGCACAUGCAGCUGCUCGUGCAUAUGAUAGAGCGGCCAUUAAGUUCCGAGGAGUAGAGGCCGACAUAAACUUCAGCAUAGAAGAUUAUGAAGACGACUUGAAGCAGAUGAGCAAUCUGACAAAGGAGGAGUUUGUGCACGUCCUUCGCCGACAAAGCACUGGAUUUCCGAGAGGAAGCUCUAAAUAUAGAGGUGUAACUUUGCACAAGUGUGGAAGAUGGGAGGCUCGGAUGGGCCAAUUUUUAGGAAAAAAGUACGUUUAUCUGGGUCUGUUUGACACCGAGAUUGAAGCUGCCAGAGCUUAUGACAAAGCAGCAAUAAAAUGCAAUGGCAAAGAGGCCGUCACCAAUUUUGAUCCCAGCAUCUAUGAUAAUGAGCUUAAUUCCGAAUCCACAGGUACUACUGCAGAUCACAAUCUGGAUUUAAGUUUGGGCAAUUCGAGUUCAAAGACUUGCAAUAAUCAAGCGUCGGGGAAUCACACCACAAAUGCUGCAACUCAUGAUCAACACCUGCAAUCUGAGUCUAACUGGCGGAAUGGGGGAAGCAAGCCUAAGCUGGUGAAUAUACUACCAAAACCAUGCAAUAGAAGCAACAAGGACGCACAUGGAAGGGAUGUGCACGGGGAGAGUGAAGCAUUGCGGAUGUUAAGUCAAACCCACCUUCAUUCUCCAGCCUCUAAUGAAAUGCAAAGAUAUGGUCCCUACAGGUCUCCUGGAGGAGAGUCUCAAAUGCUUCAAAAUUUUGCACUCAUUCACCCACCAAAUUUUCAUUUUCCCAGCAGCAGCAUUGGAGGCCGUAUUGGAAGUGAUCUUUCAUUAUCAAUGGCCGAUCAACAACAGUGGCAAUCCGGGCCUCCACAUUAUUUAGCAACUGCUGCAGCAUCAUCAGGAUUCCCACCACAGAUAAGACCCUCUUCUCAAGGUUGGCUGCAGAAAAAUGGGUUCCACACUCUCAUGAGACCCUCUUGACCCUAUAUAGAAAUUUUCUGCCUCGCCAGUUACAUUCAAAAUAAUCGUAAUACGCUCCCUCCCUAAUAUCUCCCCUUAUUUUCUUUUCUUAGCAUGUAAAAAUGGAUGCAGUGUUAGACUAUUGUUCAUGAU